AUGAAUCACAUCUCUUGUUACCUUAUACGUCUAGGAUCUGGUAUAGACAUUACAAUAUUUUCUCAUUUUAAAGUUGGAGGCUCAAGCUUUCGUGUAAAGAGGCUCGACUCUGAGUUCGUCCGUAUUUUUAGUAAUGCCAAGGGCGUGAAGGCUGCUAAUUUGAAGUUGGAAUCGGCCAUGUUCAGCAAACUCGUCUGUCUAACACUCCUAGGGCUCCUUCAAGGUAGCCUUGGACACGGAGACCACGAACAUGCAGGACCUGCUCAAGGAGAGACAAUCCAACAGUAUGCCCAACGACACAUGACCUCCGAGCACCAUAUUGAUUCCUUCGACACCCGGAGUUUCUUCCAAUUGCAUGACCUGAAUCGGAACGGUAUCUGGGACAAAGACGAAAUUGAGGCCAUUUACGGUGUUCAUCAUGUCUACUCGCAGAAGAAGUCCAAGGACGAACUUGAGCAUCAGAAGAAAGCGGAUCAUAUCGUCAAGUCAGUGCUUGAGCGUCUUGAUCUCAAUGGCGAUGGUGUUGUUUCCCCGGAGGAACUCGAGAAAGUAGGCUUGGGCGGUCUACCGAAUUUCGACGGACUCGGUGCUGAAGGCCACCAUUACGACGUCGAGAGUGAAUUCUUCCUCCAUCAUGAAGAACAAUUCCACUCGACACCUGAAACCCAGACUGAUGAGUCGUAUACACAUCCUGAAGAUUUGGAGCACUUCGCCCAGCAUGAAAGCAUUGAGCGCCAGGAAACUGAACGCGAAGCCAAAUUCCAAGGUAUCACCGUUGAAGAUGUCUUGAAGGCGCAGGACGAGGCAGCAGCAGCCUCUUCCUCCUCUGCAACCGUAGACGCCACACCGACUUCCAGGCCUGUAACAAGAAUUACUCCUCCAGAAAAACAAGAGCCAGAAGUGAAGUAUAGGAACGCCAAGACUGAAGGCGCUCGAAAGGGUGAAUGGGGUAGCGGAGAAGCUGGGUACAAGCCACCUACAGACGCAAGUGACAAGCUCAGGAAGAAUCUCCCCUACAAGUCUUCCCGAAUGCAGUACAAAUUCCGACGUAAUUGGGGCGACUUCUGA